AUGACUCCCGAAGAGGUCGGAAGGCAGCGCAAGGCUCCGUCGGCUACAUCCCCUUACCAAAGGGUUAUCCCAACAGUCAUCCUUGCCCUCAAAGCACUCAUCGACAACAACAUCGCGGUCGUGGAGUAUGGAGCCCAGAUUCAAUACAGACAUGGAGACAAAAGAUAUCUCAUGAAUCCAGAAUGGGUAAUCCCCGAUGACCAGCUCCCCUUCGCAUCGCAGAUCCUCCUCGAGGCCGACUACCCCCGCAUCUACCCCAAUCCACGACCCUGGGUAGGAUAUCGGGACAAUCAAUGCUGGGCUCACUACAUCGGUGCCCCGUCGGCAAACCUCAAUUAUGGUAUCGUCUACCUUGUACCAAUGUCAUUGGUUGGCUUCUCCCUCGAGGAGACCAUGAGAGUCAAACCGACAUUCGACAAUGUCCUUCAAAUCCUCACUCCCAAACCGGCCCCUUACAUGCGUUCUUUGAUCCAGAUGCUUCGAGGAUUUCCAGUCAACGAUGUUCGUCGAUACCGUGUGCAGAUGGAUCUCAUAAGCUUUGUGUGCAAAGGUCUCUUGCAAGCAUCCAUGGAGGGUCUGCCUUACUACAUUCCUCGGGACGAGCAGUUCAAGAAGAGGGCUCUUGAUGCGGUAAAGAUUGCGAGGACUUGGGACUGGGGACCUGUGGAUCCAAUUCUUGCUCACCUCGUACACCGUAUUAUCUGUGAGCCUCAGUACAUCUGGGAUCUUACGGCUGAUUCGGCGGUCCCGCCACUCCCGACUCUUGCGUGA